GUCAAAAUAAUUGUACGCGGAGGGCAUAAUAAAAUUAAUAAAAAUUCAUAAUACAAAUAGCCAUAAUCAUUUAAUCAUGGAGUGAUGUGGAUUAAUUUCGUUAGCAAAGUGUUUCUUAGAUGAGGACCAUGUUAUUGCUACAUUAAACUUGGUGUAUAACACAGUUAGGAGCAUAUAUCAGACAGCCGAGGAAAACAAAGCAUUAUUCCCUGUAGAGUGCAGUAGUAUAUUAUGCUUAAAAUGUUUUCCAAAGGUUUAAGAAGUAAGGAUACUUUUCUGGAGCAGACAAAAGCUGCCCGCGAAGAGCGUGCCCUUGAGAAAAAGCGCGAGCAGUCGGCCAUACAAAUUCAGGCCUACGUCCGAGGUUGGCUCGCCAGAAAGAGUUUCAUCAAGCUAAUUGUAGAUGAAUUUGAUCAAAUAUUACCAGAAGCUUCGGGCCAUGGCUCUCAAGAAGAACCCCCACCACCUCUGGAAUCGCCAUUAAUCCCAGCUCUUGACGUGUACCGAGUAACAUGUAGACUCUUCCUCAUAUUCAACCAGCAAAGAGACAGAAAAAGAUUUGAGAAACUCUGCAAAUAUAUUGUACAGAGUCUCCACUCUGAUUCUGUUAAACUUUCUUAUGUUGGUGUGUUUCUAAAUAAGGAAUACAGUCUGAGAUGGAUAGCACACAUAAAAGAUCUUCUAUACAAAUGUUGCCUCUAUCUAUCAGAAUUGAAGCCCGAAUCCCCAACAGACAUGCAGAGCAUAUUAAUCCACCUCCACACGUUAGUUGCGUACACAUCCACAAACACGUGGGCCCUGACUCGGCUGAAAAACUUCGAGAAAUUGCGAGGCGGCAUGAUGCAGCUUUGCGCUAAUGUCAUGGGCUCAUUGUUCCAUAGAGGAUACUAUCUGACGCUCAAAUCCCUGUUCCUCCGCGGGCUGUGCCGCGAGAAGGUGUUCCUGAAGAACGUGUCGCUGACGGCGGUGGUGACGCUGUCGCUGCGGCCGCUCAUCUCUGCGCAGUUCUCGGAGAAGCUGCUCACCAUGUACAUCAUACAGAUACUGUCGGUGCCGACACUCGUGUAUCACAUGCAGCAGAUUUCGCCUGAGUCGAUAACAGCAUUCCGCUCGUACUCGAUGUUCGACAAGUGCAUAGAGUUCCUGAGCACCGAUCAGAACAUGCGCAUAGUGUUCAACACGCUCGAGGGGAACUACGCGCUGUGCCUGCUCGGGAACCUCAUACAGAUGGCGCAUCUCGAGCGGGACCACGCCAUGAGCGACACUUUCUAUCCUACGUUUGUGUUGGUAGUCACCCGUUUCCUCGACUCGUGCCAGCAAUACGUGGUGUGCAAGAAAGGCAACCUGAGCAACUGGCACCCGGUCCUCGGCUGGUUCUCUCAGAGCUUCGACUCCUAUCUCCCUCCUGCUAUGGGGAAUCUACGCACCCAACUGUCCUUGUUAUGGGGAAGCCCUUUGCUAAAGAAAUUGUUGGCGAAUCCGUUGAAAGAGAUGAUAGAUGCGGGCGUGACGGUGGAGGAGGGGGCGGGACCCUCCCAACCCUCCACGCCGGUGCAGAGUAACAACCCUGCAGCCAUCAUUAGAAGAGCUAUAGAGGCUAGGACCAAUAGGUCAAACACCAACAAAAACUAUAGAAAGUUGGGAUCUCCGGAUUGCACAAAGGCGGCUCUGAUAUGUUCCAUGUACCACACCGCCCUGCAGACUAUGACUCAAGUCAAACUUGAUAUACUCACCGGACUCAGUAACCAAGAGAACAUAUUAUACUCGCUGUGGCAAUUUCUUUGCACUUUGGGACCAAAUUGCGGAUUAAAAUCCUUCCUCGAUCUCUUAGCUGUUAAUACGAAGACUUCUGCGCCGGAGUUUCAAAUGCUCAUACUGUUCGCUGAUUGCAUGACGCAUUAUGUCACCAUAUUGGACGACAUGGAAAUGUAUGAGAAACAAGAACCAUUCAGAUUACAAGAUUUUAUAAAUAUGUCACAGUUUCUUAAUAUGUUUGUGUAUAAGUCCAUUAUGGGACAGUUGUUUGACCUUAAAACAAUCCAAAGCAACGAGCUGUUCAGCUCUCUACACACACUCCUGUUGGUGUUGUACCGGCGCGACUGUCGCCGCUCCUACACUCCGCAGAACCACUGGCUCGUCAAGGAGAUACGCGAGGGACAGUUCAUGGCCGACUUGGAGAAGGGCAAGAAACCCCAACAGGUGCUAGUUCAGAAGACGCCACAUAUGAUCGCUCACGGUGAACGAGUCCGGUUAUUCAGACGAGCUGUAUCUGAUGAGAAGGUGGUGCUGGGGCUGACGGAGCGCGUGUGCGUGGGGCGCUCGACGCUGGUGACGGUGCGGCGCGCGCGCCUGGUGGAGGACGGCUACCGCCAGCUCGCCGCGCUGCCGCCGCGCGCGCUCAAGGGCUGCGUGCGCGUGCGCUUCGUCAACGAGCAGGGGCUCGACGAGGCCGGCAUCGACCAGGACGGCGUCUUCAAGGAAUUUCUUGAAGAAACAAUAAAGCGCGUUUUCGAUCCGUCGCUAAACUUGUUCCGAGUGACGAGCGAAGAGCGUCUGUAUCCGUCGCCCACGUCCUGCCUCCAAGAAAAUCACCUGCAGCUGUUCGAGUUCAUCGGCAGGAUGCUGGGAAAAGCUGUAUACGAAGGUAUCGUGGUGGACGUGCCGUUCGCGUCGUUCUUCCUGAGCCAGGUGCUGGGCCAGACGCAGCAGGCGCUGUACAGCUGGAUCGACGAGCUGCCGUCGCUGGACCGCGAUCUCUAUAGGAGUCUUACGUACAUUAAGCAUUUUCAGGGUGAUAUAUCCACUUUAGAGCUAACAUUCUCCGUAGACGAGGAGAGGCUAGGAGAAAUUGUAACUCACGAACUGGUGCCAGGUGGCAAGGCUAUACCGGUCACCAAUGAAAAUAGGAUUAAUUACAUACAUUUGAUGGCCCACUUCCGGAUGCACAUGCAGAUCAAAGACCAAACAAACGCAUUUAUUAAAGGGUUUAGGACUAUUAUAAAUCCUGAGUGGCUGUCGUUGUUCUCCACACCUGAGUUGCAGCGUCUGAUCAGCGGCGACAACGUGCCGCUGGACCUGCGCGACCUGCGGCGCCACACGCAGUACUACGGCGGCUUCCACGACUCGCACCGCGUCGUGUGCUGGCUCUGGGACGUGCUGCAGCGGGACUUCUCCGAGCACGAGCGCGCCAUGUUCCUCAAGUUCGUGACGUCGUGCUCAAAACCACCAGUGCUAGGGUUCGCUCAUUUGAAGCCCCCAUUUUCGAUACGUUGCGUCGAGGUUGGCGACGACGAGGAUACCGGGGAUACCAUAGGUAGCGUGAUUCGCGGUUUCUUCACAAUCAGGAAGAAGGAUCCUCUGAACCGCCUGCCGACGUCGUCGACGUGUUUCAACUUGCUCAAGUUGCCGAAUUACCAAAAACGAAGCACGUUACGCGACAAGUUACGUUAUGCUGUUAACAGUAACACUGGUUUCGAACUGUCUUAAACAUCACAAAUACUUUCUUAUGGCUCCUCCACGUUGGGUAAUACGGACUGAGUAUGUAUGUCAAGACUUGGCUAACGUGUGGGUGUGGCAGUCAUCAAUCCGCCAAUACCUUUUGAUCUGUUGAUAGAUCAUCAAACGGAUCUCACGUCCACGUGGGCUACACUCACACUCAAAUACAAGCCCAGUGACAACAAAUCCCUCCUCUACAUGUUGGCACAUACAUAUAUUGGCCAAUGUUAAAGGAGCUACUGCACAUUAUUUUGUAGCACGUUUUUAAAAUCGACUUGUAAAUUUCAUGGAGAUUAAGAAAUUUAUUUGCGAAUUUAGUUUCGUCUUUUUUGUAUUUUUUCAAAAUUUCAGUAAUUUUAGUACUUUAUGGAAUGCAGGUGAAAUUUAAGAACAAUAAAAUUGAUCCCUACAUGCCAUACAUUUUAGAUGGGAUUCCAAAUGAUAAUAUCCGCUGAUAGGGAAUGUUAGUGAAGUACACUACUUCUGUAUAGCGGGACGAUGGACUGAACAGUUACUAAUAUCGAUUUAGAAUACAUUGGGAUAAUAAUUAAUAUUUCCAUUAGUCAUUACCAUAUUUCGAUAAUGUUAACAUCACUUGAUAUGGAUAUGAUAGACACACGUAAUGAAUAAAAAUAAUUUUCACAUCGAUAUCGUAAUCGAUAAAAAUCGAAAUGAUUCAAUACUCAAGUUGUUCAUUAGUGUUCCAUUUUCAAAAUAGUGUUUGACGAAAACUGAUUGUAAAUUUAUCAGAACUCGUGUAGGUUUUAUUGAAAUAGUAUCGAUUUUAUAAACUGAUAGGUUUAU